GCCAACAUUAUGUCUUGUUCCCAAGCAAGUUCACAGCGCUGGCUUCCAUCUCUCAGGCGGGACGAUCCAGAUCCGAGCGGAGGUCCGCGGAGGUCGAUGCGGACGGGGGCCGCGCUGGAAAUGGAGGGGCAGUAGAGGCCGAGGGGCCGUCCCCACGCCUGGAGCACAGAGGGGCCUGGCAGGGCCACGGGGAGCCAUGGAGAGCUUCAUGGAGUCGCUCAACAGGCUGAAGGACGUCCAUGAGAACGAGGUCACGGGCCUGCAGAACAAGCUUCUGGAACUGAACUCAGAGAGGUGCCGGUGAGUGAGGACGGGCCCUGGCCCAGCAGACAGGAAGGGCAGCGGACCCCCAGCCCCUCACUUCACCCCCCACGCCCGGCCCCAGGGCCCCGGCAGUGCCGCCAGCCAUGAUGCAGAAGAGGAAACUGAGGCUCAGUGUGCGGGGUGGGGGAGCCUCUGGUCCAAGGUCGUACCUCGAGGAGCUGGCGGAGGUGGGGCCGGAAUCCCUGAGCCCGCGGAGGGAACGGGGACCCUCCAGGGGGCGGGGCGAGCCACGUCCACACAGGGCGCCUCCGGGACCAGUAACUUUCAACAGCAGGACUCGUCAUGAGUCCUGCAGACCCGUGGGCAGGCUCCCCACGCCCCCGUUUCCCAGACGCGGCUGCAGGUGGCACAUGGACGGGACAGAGCCCCUAAGGGGUGGUGAACACUCCCGCUGGGGCACGCGGGCAUGGCCCUUGCGGGGUCCCGCUUCUCAAGGAAGUUCCAGGCCGGCGGCCGUGGGAGAGGCUGGCGGGGGCGGCCUGGGGCGCCCCAGGCAGCGUGGGAGCUCCGCCCCGGCUCCCCCCACAGGGACGCCCAGAGGGUGGAGGAGCUCUGUGCCAAGAACCACCAGCUCAGGGAGCAGCAGCAGGCGCUGAAGGAGAACCUGCGGGCGCUGGAGGACAGGCUGCGGGCCGGCCUGUGUGACCGCUGCAUGGUCACCCAGGAGCUGGCCAGGAAGAAGCAGCAGGAAUUCGAGAGCUCCCUCCUCCAGAGCCUGCAGCACGUCUUCCUCCUCACCACUGAGCUGACGCGGCUGCAGGAGGAAAAUGACGCCUUGAAGGAGGAGGUGAAGCAGCUUCGGGGCCCAGGGCCCAAGCUCCAGUUCAGGGAGGGCACCUCGAACCCCCCGUCGCCCCUGCUGCUCCCCUCCCUGGGUGCCCGGAAGACCAUCACCGAGAAGCCACCGGGAGGCCAAGAGGAGACGGAGGAUGACCACCACGCAGAAAGGCCGGUGGGGUACGGGACGUCUCCAGUAGCCAAAAUCUCCCCAGGGGCCAACCUGCCUGAGCCUCGGGCCCCGGCCAUGAGCCCCCAGCGCAUCUCCAACCAGCUACACGGGACCAUCGCCGUGGUGCGGCCUGGGUCCCAGGCCUCCGCCAACGGGACGUCCCCACUGCCGCCCGCCAGGAGCAGCCCAUCCAGCCCACCUGGCGAGCGCAGCCUCCCUCUGGACAGCUUCCUGCAGGCCUCUCGACCCUCGGCUAAGACCCGCGAGUCCCUGAAGCGCUCCCUCCAGGCUGACCGCCUCUGCCUCCUGAACCGCCACCUGGCCCUGCACCUUGGGAGCCCCCGUGGCAGCCCCCGGGCCCCCGCCACAGCCCCCAGUGGCCCCCAGCCCCAGGGCAUCCAGGCGGGGGAGGUGGAGGCCUGGGAGGAGCCCGCGGGCCUGCUGGGCCUGCCGGGAGCCCGAGUGGGUGUGCGGGACCCGCAGCUGGAGGGAGCACUGCCCCUGCUCCUGGCCCAGCAGCUGCGGGCACGGGGGCAGGCCCGCAGUGCCAGGCAGGCCGGCAGUGCCCGGCCGCGGGGCCCACAGGGGCCUGGAGAGACGCCUCCUUCCCCGCCAGCCGGCUCUGACUCAGAGGGUCCUGAGGGCGAGGUGACCGGGGCAGCCCUGCGCAGAGGGCAGCAACCCCGGCCCGCAGGCCCGGGCAGCCCCCGGGAGAAGGAGGCCACGGCCACACGGGACUACGUCCCAGACAAGCCCCUGGACCUCUCGGAGCGGGGCCGGGGCCGGGGCCGGGACGGCGCCCCCAAGCCUGCCAGCCAGCCGCGGUCACUCAGCCCCCCAAGUGCCCGCACGCCCAGCCCUGAGCCUCCCCUGGGAGGGGAGCCACCUUCACAGGGACUCAGCAAUGGCACCAAGGGGGCCAGAGAGCCAGAGGCGGAAGAGACUCCAGCUCCUGCAGAACCCCCACAUUCUCUCCCAGGGCCCCACCUUAACCUGCCCUCUCCAAGUGGGCCAGGAGAUGAGGACAGAGGGAGGCCAAACCUGGCCACCUGCCCGCAAAGCCCUGAUGGAGAUGGCCACCCAGAGCUCAGCGACGCCCAAGGACGGUGGCCAGAGGCGGAUGAGCUGGACGGGCCAGACAUCUCAGACAGCGAGGUGGGCCUGAGCAGCGAGGUGGGGGCUACGGGGAGCUCACCAGGGGAGGGGCCCACGUGCCUCUGCACCAAGGAGCGUGGGCGGGGCCCGCAGAAGAGGAAGCAGGCCUCGGACCCCUGGAGCAGAGCCUCCAAGAAGCCGUCCUGAGGAAGAAGGAACCCAGGGGAGCCAGGAGCCCGAGGGACCCCGAGGACGGCAGCUGGGAAGAGACCCAGGAGCACCCCAGCCUGCCCAGACGUGCUCCCCACCCGACUGCCCACGGCCAGGACAGCCCGCACCACCAGCCAGCAGACAGCCCCAGCAGUAGGGUAGUGGACUGGGUCCUGACCCACAUCCAAAGGGGUUGGCAAGGCCAAGAGGAACCCCUCCAUCUCAGAAAUGGUCUUGCCCAUCACCCUCAGCCCAGCAUCUGCUCCCCUGCGGGGAGUAGGGGCCUGGGAGGCCGGAAUGGCUUCAGCUCCAGCCCAGCCCUGCCCCACCCUCGCUGUGCACAUGCAGCCCUUCCUGGGCAACGCCCUCUCCUCCCAUCGACGCCACCGGCAUCCCGGACCCGAGGGGCUGCGCGCCUGGCCGCCCAUUCCUGAUGGGGCGUGGAGCUCCGAGCGGUGGUCUCGGGCGCCCCCUCGUGGAGUCCCACACACCGGUGCUGCGCGGUGGGGGCGCAGGAAGGCCAGCGGGCGGCGGGUGCAGCACCUGGCAGGGGCGGGGGUCCCAGGGCACCGGGAGAAUAAAGUGUAACGAAGGAUGGCGUGUGCAGCUGGCAAGGCCGGGGGUCUGCCGGGUCUCCCCCUGCCUGGGCAGGUGACUCAAGAAGCUCUUGAAUGCGUCCAGGGAUGGGAAGUCACUCCCUUUCUGAAGGGCAGGAUCAAAACCAGCCCCGUCUGCAGAGCAUGACAGGGACCAGGGCAGCCUCUGGGGAGGGCUGUGGGAACAGAACGGGGAAUGUUCACCAGCCCCCCGCCCCCCAAAGCCCCUCCACACUGACGAUUCUGGGUCCCCGGCCCCAUACCUGCCACGGACCUGCCCGCCCACUGCACGAACACAGGACGCCCGGGGCCGCUCGCCCGGGCUCCCACACAGCACAGAACCCGGAAGAAAACCAUGUCCCCCCCAGCCCCCGUGCCCCCCUCGCCCAUCCCUGCGGCACCCCCCAAGGCGAACGCACCGCCAGCUAGCAGAGCGGGAACGCCUGCGGCGCCCGGCUCCAUCCCCGCGCAGCAGACAGCACGGGUUCGGAGCUGAGGCCCAAGCGCCAGACGACAGCCCUGCAUCGCUCCUGCUCCUCCUCUGACGGCAGCCGAGCUGCUGGCCGCCAGUUUGGCAGCUCGGCGCCCGCCAGCGUGCUCCUGCUGGUGACCGCGCUCCCGCGGGGCCGGGCCCACGACGGCCAUGCUGCCUCCUCCCCGGGAGCGCUCAGCUGCAGGGCAAAGCCCACGGCGCGGGCCGGCCCGCCCGACCCCACCCGCGCGCGCCCGGAGGCGGAAUCGGUGUCCCCACGCGCGGGACAGGCAAGCCCGCGGGCGGAGCGCCGGGCGGCGCGCA